CUUGAACUUGAAGAAGGAAAGUCAGAAGAUUCGAGUGCGAACAAGGAAACUAUAACCGCGAAUUAUCACAUGAAGCGAGCGUGACAGUUGCGGCAAAAAAAAUGAGGCAAGCUACGAUCAUCCUUCUGUGCGUCACAGCCAUUUGCAGUUACUACAGAACUCAAAUCAACGCACAAAAUUGUAUUGAGUGCGAAAGCAAGACUCUAUUUUGCCGAGAUAAGAAGAAAAAUUCUCUGAAAGAGCUCUUAGCAGAUGUAAACGACACAUUUAUCUCGACAGUUAGAAGGUUGGUUGUGGAUAAGAAUAAUAUCUUGCUUUCUAAAGAAGAUCUUGAAAUACUGGUAAAAAAAUUCUCUUCCCUGCAUUUCUUAGAUUUGCGAGGUAAUUUAAUACCAGACUUGGAAGCGUUCUCUAGUAAUUUGAGUACGCUUAAGGAACUGGAAGAAAUUGAUUUCGAAUCGAAUAAAAUAAAAGCGAUACCAGAGGAUAUUUUAAAGAAAAUGCCGAACCUUACAGUGUUGAAGUUAAGCGGCAAUAGUAUAGAAAAAAUUCCAGAAAAGCUGUUGGAGAACAACACAGAACUGAAAGCCCUCGUCCUUUCCAACAACAAAAUCAGGAAGAUUGAAGCUAAUGACAUUAAAGAUGGCAAUAAACUGGAAGCAUUAUUGGUCAAUGGUAACCCUCUCGAGGAUUUAGAUUGGCCGGUGAUAAAAAAAAUGAAGAACCUCAGAGCAUUGAAUAUUCGUAAUAUCAAAAAACUCAAUGCUGAAGAUUUUAGUUUUAUUCUGAAUCCCAGGAUAUUUUAUGAAAACACGCAACUGAAAUUCAUAUUCACGAGUGUGUAUGCUGAUUGUUGUAAUAUCAAACGUAUGGAGAAUACGACAAAGAGAAAAUAUGGUAAAAUUAAUAAAGAGUGGGUUUGUCAAUUCAGGAACAACGACCUUGAAGUCAAGGAAGAAUGUGCUGUAAGGAUUAGCUCCGGGGAUUUGGAGGAUACGUAUCAGGGACAUGUGGAAGUUAAUAAGAAAGGAAAAGGCGUUUGGGAAAAAUUGAAGAGCACCAAUUGGACUAUGGAAGAUGCAAAUGUCGUUUGCAGAGAAGUGGGAUAUGAUCUUGCGUUAGAAUUCACAACUGCUUAUCAUUACGUGUUAAGAAAAAGCCAGGAUCCCAAAAUUUAUCCUGAAAAUAUUCCGGGUUCCCACAUGUGGAACAGAGCAUGCAAUGGCUCUGAAUACUCAAUUUUGCGGUGUCAAAAGAGAGACGGUGGCUCACACCUUUUUCCCGAUGCCGGUGUUGGCGUCAGAUGCAAAUCUCCCGACGAAAGGAUAGAUAAAAUGUGCACUGAAAAGAAUGCAACUCGGGCGUUCGAUUGUAUCAAGGAGGACAACAAGAAGCUUAAAAAUUUACCAUGGCAGGAUAAGAAUGAUACAAAAUGCAAAAUGAUAGAUCUCAGGGGAAAUGAAAUCAGAUGGAUACAAGACACUACUUCUCUAAAACACUUUAAGAGCCUGGAGACAUUGUACUUAUCCGGAAAUGGUUUAGCAUGGCUUCACGAUGGCGUUUUUGAAAUAAAAAGUUUGAUUACAUUGGAUUUAAGUAACAAUAACUUGAAAUUCAUCAUAGGCGAACUGAAGAAUGAUGAACCUGAUAAGCAAGACUGGUUCAAAGGUUUAAAUAACCUGCAAAGUUUGGACAUUUCUUCAAAUCAACUUACAAGUUGGCCCAGCAACGUCUUCCUACCUCUAAAAAGCAUACAAAACAUGUCGAUGAAAAACAACAGGUUUAAGGAGUUUCAUAACAGAUUCUUUGAACAUUUAGGAUCACUGCAGCGGCUGGACAUUUCAACCAAUCCUGGUCUAAUUAUCCUGAACUGGGUCGAACUUUUAAGAGAUUUGAGUAACCUGAAGCAUCUGACGACAGAUCGGUUCACAGAUUGCUGUUUUGUGGAGGCAAUCUUGUCGGAUGCAGAAUGCGUUGCCCCAGCUGAUAGUCUUGCCAGUUGUGAGGAAAUGAUAAAAUAUCAGGCGCUCAUAAUUCUAAUGUGGUUCUUGGUUGUUCUAACGAUCGGAGGGAAUAUUUUUGCCCUCCUCAUGCGGUUGGUGAAGGACGAUCAAAACAGAGUGCAAAAUAUGUUCAUUUGCAGUCUUAGUUUCAGCGACAUGCUCAUGGGGGUGUACUUAGCAGGAAUAAUCAACCAGCAGAUUGCGACAAAAGGUGAAUACUACAAGCAUGAUUACAGCUGGCGCUCAGGCAUCUUGUGUAAGAUAUUUGGUAUAAUAUCCGUCAUAUCAAGCGAGGUCUCGGUCUUCACCCUGGUCUUCAUUGCCUACGACAGAUUCUUGCACAUCGUUCACGCUAUGGAAUUCAGAAAGAUCGGUUAUCGCACUGCGGUCUUUCUGUUGUUUAGUACCUGGGCCUGCUGCACUGUUAUCGCCGUCCUUCCCGCGAUGAUCGAUUCGUACUUUUACGACAACCUACGCAGAGAGGGUUUCUACGGGACCAACAGCAUCUGUAUGCCGCUUCAACUCCCCCGAAAGAAUCAAAGAACAACACCCGUCUUGGUGUGCACACGACCAUGGCAAAACGAUUGCAGCCGUCGUAUUACCGACGUUUGCUGCUGGGUUCCAAUCGCAAUGUUGUUACUCUUAUCCCUCGUUCGGGCAAUCAACGACGGAGGCAACGAGUUGUACAUGUGGUUUUCGAUUUGCGUCAUACCAAUCAAUUCAGCCAUCAAUCCUAUCCUGUAUACCCUCAGCACACCGUUGUUCUGGGAGAAAGUGAAGGCAACCAUCAAGAAAAUGCUAUUCUGCCUAUCACAAGAUCGUCGAAACGUUGGCAAAUCUGUUGGUAGCGAUAACCCAAAGUUGAUCACGAAAAUCAAACGGGACAAAAAGGCCUAAACAACAUUUUAAGCCGGGCAUCUUAGUUUAGACAGUGUAUAUCACUGUAAUAGGCUUGAUAUUCUAAAAGAAGACUUAGAAACAAGUUGUAUACUAAAUGCUGAGAUUGGCUGCGAUUUCAUCUCGAAGCAUAUUUUUAGAUUUUACACUAGUCGAGAAAUUGUAUCCUGCAUGCAUUUAAAAAUGAAGCAGAAAAAACGUAUAAAGCUAAUACCUUAUCAGUAAACGCAUCACGCACCUUAGUCUUCGCAUGAUUUUAAACGCAUAUAUAACAUUAAACAAUUCAUUCUGAAAUGUAAAAUUAAAGAUAGCAUGGGAAACAGCAAUAGCGAUCGAUGCC